AUGUCGUGUUGGAGCGGUUUGAUUAAGGGGAAGAAGAAAACCGGUGGUUCUGUUCCGGUUUAUCUGAAUGUCUACGAUCUAACUCCGAUGAAUGAUUAUGGUUACUGGCUUGGACUCGGCGUCUUUCAUUCUGGUGUUGAAGUACAUGGAGUUGAAUAUGCAUUUGGAGCACAUGAAUCUCCAAGCACAGGAAUCUUCGAAGUGGAACCAAAGAAGUGUCCCGGUUUCACAUUUAGGAAAUCGAUUCUUGUCGGGAACACAGACAUCAGUGCUAAAGAAGUCCGAGUUUGCAUGGAGAAGCUAGCUGAAGAGUAUCAAGGAAACAAGUACCAUCUCAUCACAAGAAACUGCAACCAUUUUUGCAAUGAAGUUUGUAUCAAACUCACUCAGAAACCAAUCCCUAGAUGGGUGAAUCGACUUGCUCGCUUAGGAGUUCUCUGCAACUGCGUGUUACCACCGCGCUUGAACGAGGCCAAAGUGAGAAGGGUAGGGAAGAGAGAUCUUUCAGAAGGAGAGAGGAAGAAGAUGAGAAACAGAUCAAGAUCAGGUCCUUUGCUUUCUUCUUCUUCUUCGUCUUCGACGCCUGAUAGUCAUGGUUCGCAUAUUCGAGCUAAGUCAACUGGUAACCAUCCUUCUUCUUCGUCUUCGUCUUCGGGUUCCAAGAAAAAUGAAAGACAUUGUGUGCCUUCUACUGUCUCUAGAGCUCAAGACAAGAAGUCGCCAAGCGUAAGCGUCAAGACUUGA